AUGACCUCACAAAAGCCCACCCUCAGUGCUGAGCUCAUGCUGACGAAGCUCAUUGAAGCCCUGGAGCUCCUCGGCGUGACUGUUGUUUCCCCCACAGAGCAGAUGAACCGUGAGGGGGUUCAGUCCGCCGCCAUCGCCUCCACCCCUGUUGGUCCUCCUGCCAGCGCCGGCACGCCUGCUGCUCCCAGCGCUCCCAGUGUGGAUGUCGCUCGCAUGAUUGCCCAACUCCAGGCCCUUGGCAUCAACGUUGUCUCACCAAGUGGAGCCCCCGUCUCCAGCAGCAACGCAUACACUGCCCCCACCCCUACCGCUGCCACUGGGGCUGGCACUGGUAUCCCAACGUUUAGCAGGAAUAUAAGGUCUCCUUGGGCCAAUACUGCUCCUGCUGGCGCUGCAGCGGCUGGAGUCUCAGUUGCCACCAUGGUGCCUAUGGUGGCUGUGCCUGCCAUUGGUGACAUGGUGGGCAAAGGAAAGGCGCCUGAGGCUGGUUCGAGUGGGUGCACUCCUGUCAAGCCCAGUGACGAGGCCGCAGCAAACAGCUUUGAAAACGACUUUGUCUCCGAGGGAGCUCCAGAGCUCCCUCGGGUUCCUUGGAGGAUCCAGAGAUGCAGAGAUGCCAGGGAGCCUUAA